AUGACGAUACAUCUUCCGAGAGCUCUUUUGCUCUCUCUAUCAUUCAUUCUCUAUUUCUUUUUGGGGAGCUCGAUUGCAACAACAGUACAACAUGACGUAGCAAGCCACGAUCAUGGCAAGGACAAGUCGGCCCUGCUAUCCGCCGACAACCUUCAUCACCGGAGCAUCGACGACACAAAUAUUGCACUACUAGAUGUUCGACAGCCUGGUCUGCUUGGCAAAAUUGGCAAGGUGGCUUCUGCCGUGAAGAAGGUCGCCGCCCCAGUCAAAAAGGUUGCCACUGCUGCGAAGAAGGCCGUUGCCCCAGCGAAGAAGGUUGCUACUGCUGCGAAGAAGGCCGCUGCCCCAGCCAAAAAGGUUGCUACUGCCGCGAAGAAAGCCGCUGCUCCGGCAAAGAAGGCCGCCACUGCUGUGAAGAAAGCUGCUUCACCAAAGAAGGCUGCCGCCGCUGUAAAGAAAGCUGCUACUUCCAAGAAGGCUACUACACCAAAGAAGGCUACCACAGCUGUUAAGAAGGCCGCUACCUCCAAGAAGGCUGCCGCGCCGAAGAAGGCUGCUACCUCCAAGAAAGCUGCCGCACCGAAGAAGGCUGCUGCUAAGGCAGGUGCCAAGAAGACUCCAGCUAAGGCUGGCAAGACCGCUACCAAGGGCAAGACACCUUCUAAGGCUGGUGCCAAAAAGACUUCUGCUAAAGCCGGAAAGAAGGCUGCCGCACCAAAGAAAGCUGCUGCUAAGGCCGGUGCCAAAAAGACUCCUGCUAAAGCCGGAAAGAAGGCUGCCGCACCAAAGAAAGCUGCUGCUAAGGCCGGCGCCAAAAAAACUCCUGCUAAGGCUGGAAAGAAGGCUGCCGCACCAAAGAAGGCUGCUGGCUCCAAGAAGGCUGCUGCCAAGACUGCUGCUGCCAAGGGCAAGACCACUUCCAAGGCCGGUGCUAAGAAGGCUCCAGCUAAGGCUGCUAAGGGCAAGACCCCUUCUAAGGCUGGAAAGAAGGCUGCUGCGCCAAAGAAAGCUGCUGCUAAGGCUGGUGCCAAGAAGACUCCAGCUAAGGCUGGCAAGACUGCCAAGGGCAAGACUGCUGCCAAGGGCAAGACCCCUUCCAAGGCCGGUGCUAAGAAGACCCCAGCUAAGGCUGGGAAGAAGGCCGCACCAAAGAAAGCUGCCGGCAAGGGCAAGACCCCUUCCAAGGCUGGCGCUAAGAAGACUCCUGCUAAGGCUGGCAAGAAGGCCGCUGCACCAAAGAAAGCUGCCGGCAAGAAAGCUGCUGCCAAAGGCAAAACCUCUUCUAAGGCCGGUGCUAAAAAGACUCCCGCUAAGGCUGGAAAGAAAGCUGCUGCGAAGGGCAAGACUGCUGCCAAAGGAAAGACCCCUUCUAAGGCUGGUGCUAAGAAAGCUGGUGCUAAAAAGACUCCGGCCAAGACUGGCAAGAAACCUGCCGCCAAAGGAAAGACUCCCUCUAAGGCUGCUGGCAAGAAGGCUGGUGCCAAGAAAGCUGGUGCCAAAAAGACUCCGGCUAAGGCCGGGAAGAAAGCUGCAGGCAAGAAGCCUGCUGCUAAGGCCGGUGCUAAGAAGUCUCCAGCCAAGGCUGGUAAGAAAGCUGCUGCUAAGGGCAAGACUGCUACCAAAGGGAAGACCCCUUCCAAGGCUGGUGCUAAGAAAGCUGGUGCUAAAAAGACCCCAGCUAAGGCUGGGAAGAAGGCUACCGGCAAGAAGGCUACUAGUAAGAAGACUCCUUCUAAGGCUGCCGGUAAGAAAGCUGCAGGCAAAAAGUCCCUAGCUAAGGCUGGAAAGAAGACUGCUGGCAAGAAAACUCCUUCUAAGGCUGGUACUAAGAAAGCCGGCGCUAAGAAGACUGCCACCAAAGGAAAGACGCCUUCAAAGGCUGGCAAGAAGGCCACUGGCAAGAAGACUGCUUCUAAGGCUGCUGGAAAGAAAGCUAGCGCUGGUAAGAAGGCUACCCCCAAGGCUGCCGGCAAGAAGGCCGCUGGGAAGAAGACUGCUGCAAAGGCUGGAAAGAAGGCUGCUGGCAAGAAGACUGCUUCUAAGGCUGCUGGCAAGAAAUCUGCUAGCAAGAAGACCCCAGCUAAGACCGGCAAGAAAGCUACUGGCAAGAAGACCGCCCCCAAGGCUGCUGGCAAGAAGGCCCCAGCUAAGGCCGGCAAGAAGACUUCUUCUAAGGCUGCCGGCAAGAAGGCUACUGGCAAGAAGGUUGCUGCUAAGGCCGGUGCCAAGAAGACUCCAGCUAAGGCUGGAAAGAAAGCUGCUGGCAAGAAGACUGCUUCUAAGGCUGCCGGUAAGAAGACUCCUGCUAAGGCCGGCAAGAAAGCUGCUGGUAAGAAAGCUGUCGGCAAGAAGGCUGCUGGAAAGGCUGGAAAGACGACUGCCGGUAAAAAGACUGCCACAAAGGCUGGUGCGAAGGGCAAGUCCGGAGCCAAGAAUGCUUCUGGCAAGAAGACUCCCGCACCCAAGGCUGGUAGUAAGAAGCUUCCUGGCAACACAGCGACCCCGAAGUCCGGUGCCAAGAAGCCUGUAGACAGCAAGACUCCCGUCAAGGACAAGACUGCUUCCAAGGAAAAGACCGAUGGCAAGGAUAAGUCCGCCACUCCAAAGGCUGCUGCGAAGUCCGCUCCGGUGAGCUGCCCUUUGAGGCGAAAGGGAAAGCGAGAUGGAUCAGACACCGAAUGCGGCGGCGGCGGUUCGGAACCGGCAGCAGCAUCAAAUGAGCCCCACAGAGAUCCAGAGAAUAAGCUGGGAAUGAAGCCGCAUGAAUUCGAUGUCGGCCCCAAUGACAAGAAACCGAAGGCCUACGGAACAGUUCUCAAAGUGAAUGAGGGUAAAGAAGUCUCAGACGAGCAGCUUGUCAGCAUGGCCAAGAACGCCCAUGUUUGGGCUGGCAAGCAGCCCGGAAAGACGCCCACAGUGACGACUGCCGGCACUGAUGGAAAGGAAAUCAUUAUUGAGACCUCUCAGAAGGAUGGCACCGCCCGAUACAAAGAAGAGAAGACUGGCGAGGAUGGCUCGAAAGAGCCAAAGCAUCCUGACACCCAACAGCAUAUGAGUAACUCUGAGGAUCAAUGGAAGGAGGAAGGUCGACCAAAGCCUGUCCAUGGAAACGGAGGAAAAUGCGGCGAAAUCAAUACCAUGUGCACAUACGAGCAACGAAACCCCGGCAAGAAUAUUCAAGAUGCGAACUACAGAAUGGUCUCUGUCCAUACCGAAACGAAGCCUGACAAGGGCGAAACCCUCAAGGAAGAGCAUGUCGGCGUCUGGGCACCUUGCGAUGGUAGGGGAAGUCCUAAAGAUCAGGGAGGUUGCAACACCGUAACCCAGAAAGCCAACAUCAAUGUCAUUCCAGACAACACCCCAGCUGCUCCAUACAAUCACGACGAUUACACAGUUGCGGAAUAA